AUGAUUUAUUAUGAUGGGGCUUAUCUUGUUGACGAAAUUGUUUCGUUUACAAUUCCAGACACGCCAACGCAAUUAUGUUUACUAAAAGAUAUUGUAACUGGUUUAUUGUCGUUCAGGGCUCGUGUUGAACACACAUACACUCAGAUAACUAAUUUGUUAAAAAGCGCAACGUCUCGACGUCGUCCAAGACGAAUGAAAACUGAUAUAGAUGUUUCCCCGGGUACUUCGAAAACUCUCAAAAAAAAAAAAAUAGUAUUACUUGUAAUUGAAAAUAUAUUGGUCGUUUUUUCAACAACCGAAAUCUUUUCAAAAGAAUUGGAACCCAUUUUCAUAAGUUGA